UCCCUGCUUUAGGGUGCAAAAAUAUCUUUUGUUGUCAAGUUAUUAUAUUGCUUUGCUCAACCUACAGUUACUUUGUUCUGUUUGUUACUGACAGGAGAAGCUGCUUCACUUUCCCAGAAUUUGCAGCAAACAGCGAUGGAGCUGUUCGAAAUAAGGAAUAUUUCGAUAAUGUCUUUUGAUCCAAGUCGCCUUUAUAGUUUAAUCGCAGUAUUUUUGUUAGUAACAGUAACAUUUAAAUUAUCGAAACUGUUUAAUAAUAGAAAACAGGCGCUUAAGAUCCUCGAAAGCUUCCCUGGACCCCCAACACAUUGGCUUUACGGGCACGUUCAUGAGUUUCCACAGGAUGGGAAUGAUUUAGACAAGACUACAAAAUGGGCAGACCAGUACCCAUAUGCUUUUCCAUUAUGGUUUGGACCUUUUGUGCCAUUCUUGAACAUAAACCACCCUGAAUAUGCAAAAACUAUCCUUUCAAGUACAGAACCAAAGGAUGACAUUUCAUAUAGAUUCCUAAUUCCAUGGAUAGGGGAAGGUUUGCUUGUGACAGACAAACAGAAAUGGUUUAGGCACAGAAGACUUCUGACACCUGGAUUCCAUUAUGAUGUCUUAAAGCAAUAUGUAAAAUUUGUAGCUGAUUCUACAAAAAGCAUGCUGGAAAAAUGGGAAAUGUAUGCUGGAAAAGAGGAGUCUUUUGAAGUGUUUCAGCAUGCUAGCCUAAUGACGCUUGACAGUAUUAUGAAGAGUGCAUUCAGCUGCACUAGCAACUGUCAGACUGAGAGUGGUAAAAACACGUAUAUUAAGACAGUCUAUGAGAUUUGCAACAUAAUAAACCUCCGAUUCAGGUUCUUCCCUUAUCACAGUGAAAUUCUUUUUUACAUCAGCAAUCUUGGCUACAGGUUUCGGAAAGCUUGCAAGAUAGCACACCAACAUACAGAUGAAGUGAUAAAGCAAAGGAAGGAAGCCCUAAAGGAUGAAAAAGAACUUGACAAGAUUCAUAAGAAGAGAAACUUAGACUUUCUUGAUAUCCUACUUUGUGCAAGAGAUGAAGAAAAUAACAGCCUUUCUGAUGAAGACAUUCGG